AUGAUACAUUCAAAGCCCAUAUCAGAGAGUGUUACUCUCAUGGCCGAGCCAGACAACCUUGAAGAUCACCACCCUGUCGAAAUGACACCGCAUGUCAAAGCGGGGAGCCCUGAAAAUUCAAGCCAGUCGCCAUUUUGGCUCACAAAAGCCGCCUUACUUCUGUUUGUUUUCAUUUUUGCGUCCUGUAGCGUAUCACUCAUUGCUAUGCACCGCUUCAUGCAUGCACAAGGUGGCCUGCCAUUGAAACUCUCUUCAAGCGAGUACUCCUGGACGUAUGGCCCAACAGCCGUGCUCGUCAUCAUCAUGAGUCUCUGGAGACGUAUCGACUACUACUACAAAUCAACACAGCCUUGGAUGGAACUUCAAUCUGGACCCGUACCCGCUUCUAGAUCAUUACUUCUCGAUUACAUAUCGCCUUUCCAACUCCAAAGUAUGUACCAGGCUUUCAGAUUUGGCCAUUACCGUGUCACUGCUACAAUCUUUUCGUUCUUUCUAAUGAAGGCUAUCAUUCUUGUGUCAACCACUUUAUUCGUCGUUCAGAACUCCUCACACCAUGAGACAAUUGAUAUCACGUACCAAAAUACAUUCGAUGCAGCUCAAAUAUGGUCAUCUCCAUCAUACAACGUUUUGAAUGAUUACGAGCCUUUCGACAGCCACAUCUUUGAUGGUUCAGAGAAUUCUGUUUGGGGGUACCUUGCACGUCUAAACGGCGCAGCAGCAAAUAACUCAGCUUGGAAGACUGAAGACGGGCUUGUCAGUCAGCAGUUCCGACCAACAGAAUCAUCGCUGAAUAUUACCUCCCUCGAAGCACAAGUAGAAGUCUUUGUUCCAAACAUCACCUGCGAAGAUGCGACUCUGGUAUCUGAGAUUUCCGAUACCAGUGUUGCAUACUCAUGGAAUUCAUCCACAUGCUCUGCAGGCGUUGCUACUACUUCAAAUAAAUGUUCAAAUAUCAAAACGGAGGCAAAGUUCUGUGGAGAGAAACCUUGGCACUAUUCGUUUUUCCGCGCCAAUUGCUCAAAUGGUAUCAAGACAUCUGAAUUCUAUGAGCAGAAAUUCCCUCACGACAUCGAGAAAUAUGAUAUAAGACAUGUAAUCACAGCCGCUCAGUACAACAUCGAUUUAGAAGUCGCCCAAAAACAUAUGUCUAACGCAGUGAAACUCAUUGAUUAUACUGCUAUCAUCUGCAAAAUCGGCUAUAGUAUAGUAUCAACGAAGGCGACAUACAAUCCUCUAGCAGGCCACGCAACAAUCUCGACAGCGGCCGUGAAGAAGGGUGGUACACCGUUGCACAACUUGACGAGUCCUUAUCUUGCUGAAAUGCUAUUUAGCAAUCUUUACAGAUCCGGGGAGGCUCUUGUCACUAAUAAGACAAUCAUGGCCGAAACUCUACACCUCGGGUGGGAACGGCGGCAAAGUGAGGCACUUUUCCAGAUGAUGGCUGUGGCAUUAGGAGAUAAUUUCGAACCGGAGAUGUUCCUAAAUUCCUCCAUCCUUAGAAAUACCUCUAUUGCUGUCGUGGACGGACUGUUGAACGAACUAGCCCGAGAGUUACUCCUUGUCAACAAAGAAUCAAAAGACACUGCCGACGGUCUUGUCAGCGAACCCAGGCUAUGCACGAGAAGUGCGGCUGUUUGGGCCAUGGCUGCAGGUUUUGCUUUGUUGGCAGCUAUUUCCUUACUUCCUGUCUUGCAGAAUGUAUUGAGAUACUCGGGACACUCAAGCGAAAACGAUUUGGUUGUUGUGCUGGAUGAAGCUCAAUUCAAGGCAACUACCAACGGCAGCGGAGACAUGAGUGUUGAAAUAUCCAAGAGUAACAUGUUGUUGAGUACCACAACCUCUAAAGAUACCCCACAGGUUAAAGCUUGGGUACCUUUAACUGGAAGUCUCCCUUUUGUCAUUGCAACAAUCGCCUUCCCCAUCCUAGCCAUAGGUGUACUCGAACUUCUCCAUCAACUUUCCAAUCAGAGACAGGGUCUUAUUGAUAUGCACAAAGACGACUCAACUGGCUUGUCAUAUGUCACUCGCAUCGCCUCAACAGCAGUAGUUUUCGCUAUUGCCACAAUGUUCAAUAGUCUCGAUUUCAACAUAGCAACACUUGCCCCUUAUAGUGCCCUUCGGUCCGGAAGCGUCCAGGCCAAUAGGAGUAUUUUGUUUCACCUGCUUUCUGUCUCUCCAUUCUUGGUCAUUAUGAAGACCCUUCGAGCUGGUUACUUCGGUGCAGCCACUUCGAACAUAUCGACGCUUUUGGGCAGUUUUCUUACAAUUGUCGUUUCUGGUCUCUGGAUUCUUACUGGAAAUAUCCUUCUUGUGAAGCCAUCUUCGGUGAUGGUUACAAACUGGCAUGCUUCAUGGCCUAUCAAUGGUACAGAUGAUGGAGGCGCCGCUGUGGCUCUGAAUCUUAUUCGUAACGGCGGCGCCAAUGCAUCGUUGGGAAUAUGGGAAGAUAUUGUCCUCCCAGACAUCGAGCUCUCUGUGUCUCACACUCCAUCAUCUGAUCUUAAUUACCAGUAUUUGAACUAUACUUACAGAGUCGGUGCUCUACGACCGUUUCUUAGUUGUAUGGCCAUUCCGUCGAGCAGUUUCACUUUAGAACUGGAUGUAUCAAGUAUAUACCGCCGGGAGAUUUUGUCAGCACAUUUCCUUGCUCCAUACAGUUGCGGCGAUGUUAAAGUCAACAAGAUGGCCAAUAUCUCUUUUGGACUUAACCCAAUACUCCUAAGAUACCAGUUUGCUGGAGCCUCAGAACGGGCCGUCUCUGGAUUCAUUGGUGGGUACAUCGACUUGAACACCACCGCUGGCACAUCUGAUGCUGAGUGCCCAUCGGUCGGUGUUUUUUUUGGGCGGAUAAGCGACAAAGAUAUACCCACCUGGAAUUUGACGGCAUUGGUCUGCUCUCAGGGCAUUGAGCAAAUUCCCGUCGACGUAACAUACAAAGGUAAUCCUGCGUUACGCCAGAUCAAUGAGGAUGUUCAACCAAAACUAGAACGUGAUGAGGGAUGGAGAUGGAUGAACAAAACUUCAAAGUCUCAAACAUUGGGUUACCGACUUCAUCGCUUCUUAGAUGCUGAUUUGGUACGUUUCGCUGGAGAAGAAGACCUCAUUGGCCCAAACAACGUGAACAAACUAAUUCGUGCCGUCGAGAGAAACUACGCUGAAUACAUGAGGAUUGUCAUUGACCGCAACUUUCGGGCAAAUAAGAACAAUACAGCUGAGCUUAUGACAGCAGAAGCGUUUCCAUCCAAAGCAAGUCCUUCGUCCUACAAGACUAAGAUAAGCGGGACAUCAUACGAAUAUGGAACCCGAUUGGCGAUCAACUCAACUUCAAAACUCAUCCUCCAAAUCUUGUUGGCGGCCAUGGCAGUUCUUGGACUCGCAAGCUAUCUUCUCGUCAAAAUAGACGGAACACUCCCACGAAACCCAUGCAGUAUCGCAAGCACAAUGGGUUUUCUAGCUGGCUCCCAGCUUUGUGAUCCAAGCUCGGGAAUUAUACCAAGAGGAGCUGAGUACAUGAGUGACAAAGAGUUGGCAAAUGUGUUCGACGGGUGGGUGUUUAGUCUUGGGUGGUGGCAUACUCAAAGAUCUUCUGACACCCAGUCAAGUGACUCCGGGAGUAUGGAUGUUGUAGGAAGUGAACAGGAAGAUGGCGCAGAAUCGACUAGGGAGGUCUCCAAACGAUUUGGGGUUGAUGUUGGAUGUGCAGACGUGUCCAAGUUUUGA